GCCAUUUCCUCAGCGCCCCCGCGGCGGCGCGGCUGCAUCAGCGCUGACGUGAGGGCGACGUGCGGCUCCGCCCGGCCCAAUCCCCCCCACCCCCCUGUGACGGGGGCAGCACGUACAGGGCGGCGGACAAAUGACCAUGGAAAUGGUUGAAUCACAACAGGAUGGAAAUGCAGUGGAUUCCAUGCCAGAGAGAGAUGUUCAUAAUCAGCCAGGCCAAAGUCAGAUUUCCCCCAUAUCUCAGGUUUCUGUAGCUGCGUCAAGUGCUGGAAGAGGAUCUCCAGCUGUAACUCUAGUGCAGUUGCCUUCUGGUCAAACUGUUCAUGUCCAGGGUGUCAUUCAAGCCACACAGCCCUCAGUCAUUCAGUCACCACAAAUGCAAGCUGUUCAGGUAGCACCGAUUGCAAAUGCAGAUGAGUCUGCAGAAUCAGAAGGGAUAAUUGAUUCUCAGAAACGUAGGGAAAUACUUUCAAGAAGACCUUCCUACCGAAAAAUUUUGAAUGAGCUGUCUUCAGAUGCUCCUGCAGUCCCAAAAAUUGAAGAAGAAAAGUCAGAAGAAGAAGGAGCGCCUUCUGGAAUUCCUGCAAUGGCUGUGCCAACCAGCCUCUAUCAGACUAGCACAGGGCAAUACAUUGCUAUAGCUCAAGGUGGUGCAAUCCAGAUUUCUAAUCCAGCCUCCGAUGGUGUCCAGGGACUGCAGACAUUAACAAUGACAAAUUCAGGAGCUUCUCAGCCAGGUGCUACCAUUGUGCAAUAUGCAGCACAAUCACCUGAUGGCACACAACAGUUUUUUGUUCCUGGAAGCCAAGUUGUUGUUCAAGCUGCCACUGGAGACAUGCCAGCUUACCAAAUUCGAACUCCCACCACUGCCUUACCUCAGGGAGUGGUAAUGGCAGCCUCACCAGGGACUUUGCAUAGCCCUCAGCAACUAGCAGAAGAGGCAACACGCAAGAGAGAACUGCGACUUAUGAAAAAUAGGUAGGCAUUGCUCCUUACUCUCCAAGGAACUGGAAACUAAGUGGAGAGAAACCUGGGCGUGUGGUGGAUGACUGUCCAGUGCAAACUUCUUUUAUGGUUUCAUCUUCUCUGUAGUAUCUGUUAACUGUAGCUAGAAAUUUUGACAGAUGGCAUCCUUGUCUGUUCCACAUCUGUGCAGUCUACAGUCAUUUCUUUGCUAAUGUUUAUUCAAGAUUUGAUUAAUGUCUGUCUUUUAUUUGAAUAAUUAAUUCAGAGGAGGAGUGGGGGAAAAGAACCUAGUGUAGAGAAACUUAAAUCCAAAUGUUCUAAGUGUGUGUUUGGUUAUUCUGGAAAACUCCAUUUCAUACAUUUAUUUGCAGCAAGGAAAAGCAUCCUGCUUCAGAAAAGUCCACUGCAUGAAACCUGGCUCAUUUAGACUUAAGACUAGGAAAAAAAGAAAUGUUUAUGACCUGUUCUUCUUUCACUCUGAACAAUGUGGCUUGGUAUAGAAUUAACAUUGACGUAACUAGUAAAACACAUUUGUGUAUUUUAAAGUGAGAAGGAGUGAGUUCAAAUAAGAACAAGGUACAUGGCUGGUAAAUUAGAACCAAGAUGCAUCUUGUGGUGAAGGAAAUAACUUCGUUGAAGAUGAGCAAAGGGCAGUCUGCAUAAAUGCCAAGAGUCUGUUGUCAAAUUAAUAUGGGAAAAGUAGGUUACUUAUAAUAGUAAAUCCAGUUCUGAAUUGAUUUGGGAGAUGUACAUUGAAAACUUUGUGAGAGCUUCCCUGUGAUUAAAUGAAGAUGAGAGGGAGACCUCAAUAAGGAAAUAACACCAAAAUAGUUAUGUGCAACAGGACUGCUUGGAGCCUGGGUCUUUGCUGAAGCUCAUGUUGGAGGAUUAAAGUGAUGGACAGGAUAUAUGCUAGGAUAUAUGAAUUAAUUUUAGAUUAUAAAGGAAACGUAAUAAAUCACAUUAAGUGUUUCUUCAAUUUAAUUUUUCUCUUUAAACUUGCAGUGUAGUUACUAAGCCUUCACAAGUUUUAGGUCAUAGUUUGAGACUCGCUUAUAAGCCACUUUAGUGACAUAUAAGAUACUUCUGAAUGUAUGUCAACAUUAAUAUCCAUAGUAGAUGCAUUUGUGCUGUGACUGAGAACAGAAUUUUUAUUGUGUGGAUUCCCGUCUACCAAGCUUGCAUUUGUGCCUGUAUGUCCUGUGCUCUCUUGUGCUUCUCUUCAGGAGCUUCAAAAAUGAAAAUGGCUGGAACUAUUCGUUGUUAUUUCUUACUCCCUGUGCAAUAAAACUAAAAUUCAUUGGGGUCUGAA